AUGGGUCAUCUAGCCCAAAACCUGGCGUCGGAUCAGUACCUGCCGCACAAACCCUUCCAGUUCACCUUCCCCCGUGGCCGCCCCCUCAUUCCGGGAACGGCCCCCCCAGCCCAGCGCGGGGUGGGAAGGGGGGAGCGGCCGGGAGGACGACCGGGACGACCGGGAGGUCGCGGGGAGCGACCUUCCCCUCCCGCCCUGCCCCCGGCUCCCCGCGGCGGGGCCCCGGGACCCUCCGAGACGCCCUCGCCGGGCCGGCCAUUGACCUGCCGGGCCGGGCGGGUGGGCGCAGGGACAGACGGCGGCGGCAGGGAGCCGAGCCCGGCCCCACCGGGCUCACCCACCUCCCCGGACCGCGUACUUAACGGCGACGACACCCUGCCGGGACCGAUGCCCACCCCACGGCCACCUCCCCGCACGGACGCCGGGCGGCUCCUCCUCCUCCUCCUCCUCCUCCGGCCGGGGAGGCCUUCGCCCGCCCUGCGGCCCGGCAAGCGGCCCCGGCCCGGAGAACCGGCCCGCCCCGGCGGCGCCCGCCGGGAUCCGCCCCGGGAACCGCGGAACGGAACGGAACGGGGCGGGGCGGGGCGGGGCCGGGGGCUGGCUCCUCCCCCAAGGGGCCCGCCCCGCCCCCGCGCCCUCCGCCCCCGAGCGCGCCCCACCCGUUCCCACGCGCGCCCCACCCGUUCCCACGCGCGCCCCAUCCGCUCUGCUCACAGCAUCCCGGCGCGCGCCCCCCGGCCCGCGCCCACGCAACCCCCCCGUCCCCGUCCCUCUGCGGGGGGAACGGACACGGAUACGGACACGGACACGGGCGCUCUGCGCUCCUGCCGGGUCCCGCCGCCCCCAGCGCGGGCGGAGGAAGCCGAAGCCGCCGCCGGGCCCCGCUCCCCGCUCCCCGGGCGCGUCCUCCGCCCGCCGGUGCCGAAGGAAAGCUCAAAUACAGUGAAUCAAAUCGCCCGCUCAGCUGUUGCAGGUGUUUUCUUUGGGCCAAUUCAAGAGAUCGAUCGUGCCGGCCCCGAGGGUCGCGGUGGCGGCGGCUGCCGGAGGGUCGCGGCGGGGGUGCCCCGCUGCCGGGCGGGAGCGGAGCCGCACAGCCCCGGGCGCUUCCCCGGCGGCGGGGCCCGCCGGUCCCCGGCAGCGGCUGAUGCCUGGAAACGGGCUUUUUGUUUCCAGGAUCUCCGACCGAAGCUUCGCCGACCUUAUUUGUGA